AUAAAAUUGCAACUGCUUUGGACUUUGACUGAUGGAUUGGUCUAAAAAGUAGGCCUCUGUAGAAUUUAGAACAUAAAAAAUGGUUAAUGUUAUUGUGAUUAGGCCUAAUUUUGACUAUGAAAUAGUAUUAAAAUACUAUGAAGAAAAAGAAGGGAGAAAACGAAUAAGUGAGCUACGAGAUGAUACAGAGCACCAAAUCAGUCAACCUCUGAAUUUUCACAGAAGGAAGGAUGAGUAGCUCUGAUCAAUCUCCGUCGCACAACGUCUUCGUCUACGGCAGUUUCCAGGAGCCAGCCGUUGUGAGUUUGAUCCUCGAAUGCACUCCGGUCAUCGUCUCCGCCCAACUCCACGGCUUUCAUCUGUAUCGACUCAAAGGACGUUUGCAUCCCUGUAUUGUUCCUUUUGAGUCCGGAUUAGUUAACGGCAAGGUACUAACCGGAUUAACUGAUGCUCAGUUGAAGAAUUUGGAUAUGAUUCAAGGAGCUGAAUACGAGAGGAAGACUGUUGAAGUUGUAUUGACUGACACUUCCGAGAAGAUGCAAGUGGAAGCUUUGAUAUGGGCCAACAAGGAUGAUCCUGACAUGUAUGGAGAAUGGGAUAUCGAGGAAUGGAAACGGCUUCACAUGGAGAAGUUCAUAGAGGCGUCGAAGAAGUUCAUCGAGUGGAAGAAGAAUCCGGAUGGGAAAUCAAGACAAGAGUUUGAGAAAUUUGUACAAGAAGAUCCUCCCCAAGCGUGAAGAUUCUGUCCUGUCUUUACUGAUCCUUGUCUUAUUUUUCCCAUCAAGAUUUGUAGACAUCACUCUCUUUGAUCAUAGCUUUUACUGCAAAUAAGAAAAGCUUUGUGAGUUGGGAAAACGAAGAAGAAUGGUAGCAAGUAUGGCUAGUUCUGAUCAAUCUCCGUCGCACAAUGUCUUCGUCUACGGCACUUUCCAGGAGCCAGCCGUCGUGGAUUUGAUCCUCGAAUGCACUCCAGUCACCCUCUCCGCCCAACUCCACGGCUUUCAUCUGUAUAAGGUCAAAGGACGUUUGUAUCCCUGUAUUUCUCCUUCUAAGAAGGGAGUUAUCAAUGGAAAGAUACUAACUGGACUAACAGAUGCUCAGCUACAGAAUUUAGAUAUGAUCGAAGGAGCUGAAUACGUGAGGAAGACUGUUGAAGUUGUGUUGACUGACACUUGGGAGAAGAUGAAAGUGGAAGCCUUUAUAUGGGCCAACAAGGAUGAUCCUGAUUUGUAUGGAGAAUGGGAUUUCGAGGACACUUGGGAGAAGAUGAAAGUGGAAGCCUUUAUAUGGACUAACAAGGAUGAUCCUGAUUUGUAUGGAGAAUGGGAUUUCGAGGAGUGGAAGCAGCUUCACAUGGAGAAAUUCAUAGAGGCUUCGAAGAAAUUCAUGGAAUGGAAGAAGAAUCCGAAUGGGAGAUCAAGACAAGAUCAUGUGUAUAGGGUCAAAGGGCGUUUGCAUUCCUGUAUUUCUCCUUCUGAGAACGGAGUUAUCAACGGAAAGGUACUAACUGGAUUAACAGACGCUCAGCUUGAGAAUUUAGAUAUGAUUGAAGGAGAUGAAUACGUGAGGACGACUGUUGAAGUUGUAUUGACUGACACUUCGGAGAAGAUGCAAGUGGAAACCUUUAUAUGGGCCAACAAGGAUGAUCCUGAUUUGUAUGGAGAAUGGGAUUUCGAGGAAUGGAAGAGGCUUCACAUGGAGAAGUUCAUUGAGGCGUCGAAGCAGUUCAUCGAGUGGAAGAAGAAUCCUAAUGGGAGAACAAGGGAAGAGUUUGCCAAAUUUGUGAACGAAGAUCCUCCUGCUGCUUGAAGAACUUUGCUUUUUGUUUUGUUUCCCAUCAAGAAGAUGUGUUGAAUUAGUGCAAAUAAAAGUGCCUCAAUACAAAGGCAAUAAUCAGAGCUUUGUGAGUUGAAAACUGAACACCAAAGAAUGAAGUUGUAUUUGUAUAUGUACCGUAUGCAUGCUGACAUUGAGUUGUAUGCAAGAGUUUUUUUUUAGAAGAAACAAACAAAAAUGGAAAAAUCAAAUGUAACUUGUGCGAGUUGUAACAAAAAAAAAUGCCACUUGUGCUUUGAAAAAAGUCAGAUA